GCCCGGAUAUGGACGCCAAAGCCUUCGCCAAGUUGAAGAAACAGCUCGCAAGGAGCCCAAGAAGAAGGAGGCUCCUACGCAGCAGAGGCCUGUAGAUGACUUCUUCCUGAAGGGAGAUGCUGCUCAUGUUUCGGGGGAGGAAGGGCCCUCGAGGAAUGUAGAUGCCGCCGACGCUGAAACCGGAGCCCUCCAAACCGAGGCGGCAAAGAGGAAGGCGCUGGGGAAAGGCGUCGCUCCCCUCGGCAAGAAGGCUAAGAAGACCGUCGGGGCUAAGGGUGCCCCUGUAGUUAUCUCUGAGGGCCAUUCAACUUCCGGCACUCCGGUGGUGGUGGUCUCUCCCGCCCCCUCCCGGAUCAGGUAGGAGAGGGGGCCUGGCCCUGGGAGAACGUGCAGUUCUCCAUCAAGAAGGGGACUGCCGUUAUGCACGGCACUCUGGAUCCGAUGGAGUUCCUGAGGGGUGCCACCCUUUCGCUGGACAAGUCGGUGCUUGGUCGAUAUGAGGACGAUGUCCUCAAUUCAAAGAUCCUUCAUGCUUCCGUCACGGCUAGCGUGGCCCUCGGGGAGCAUAUCCGAAGGGUGGAGCAAUUGCGCCUCUAGAAGGCGGAAUCUGACGAGACCCUGAAGAAACUCGUCGCCCAGAAUGCCACCUAUGCCCGGAAGAUGGCGGAGUUGGAGGAGACCCUCUGGCUAGCAACCGAGGGAGUGGAGCAAAGGCUGAGGGAUGCCAAAGUGGAGGCCAGGGCCGAGGGCAAGGCCGAGGGCAAGGCCGAGGGCAAGAAUGAGGUUGAGGAGGCCGCCGCGGCCACCGCCAAAGCAGCUGCUGAGGCCGCCGAGACCUCCAAGAGGGAGGCCGUCACUCUGGCCGAGAAGGAUGCCGUAUCCGCCUUUGUUGCUGAUGGGUGGAGGGCCGAGGACAAGAAGCAAUGGCUAGCCUCAGUCGUGGAGGCUUCGGUCAAUGAUUGGGCAGCAGGCCCCGGUGCUUUAUGGCUUGCCCGGAAGGGUAAGAGCUAUUACGAAGGCGGUGAAUAUUUCACCCAAGCAAAUAUCGACCGGAAACUAGCCCGGCAUUUCGGGGUGGACCCGAAGCAAUUCAAGCCCGAUGUCUACGGACUACCUCCCCUCCAGCCGGAUGUCAGGAUUCCCCUUCCUCCGGGCGAAGAGAGGCAGCUGCUAGAGGACUCUGAGCUCCAAGGUGUGACGAUGAUGAUGAAGAGGAGGCCGGGGAUGACGCUGCCUCGAAGGUCGCUCAAGGGGAUGCCAAACAAGUUGACACAGGAAAUUUUCCUUAGCUCAUAUUUUUUGUAAUAGCUUUGUAUUCCUCCGGCUUUGGCCAUGUAUGUAAACCAAACAUCUUUUGUACUUGAAUGUUUUCUUUGAAUGAAUGGUGCACCUUCGGG